AGCCCCACCCUAAUUCUUGCAGCAAUGCCAGUCCUCAUAGAAGAGCUUGCACAGUUAAAGAAAAAAUCCUCCACUAGAGACGGUCACAGGUGGCAGAUCUCUUCCCUAGUAUUUAAUCCAGACGGGUCCUUGCUUGCCUCCGGGUCCUGGGAUAAAGAAGUUAGGAUAUGGGACCUGAACACACUGGAAACCAAAACAAUUUUAAAAGGAGUCCACAAAGUACCUGUCACUUCACUAUCCUGGGAGAGUACCCAGUCUAGCAAACUACUUGCUGUUGGUUCUGCAGAUUGUACAGCUUCGCUAUGGAACACAAGCACUGGCCGUCAGGUUGGAACACUUCAGAGUCACAAUGGAUGGGUAUUAGGAGUCUCAUUUGGCCUGGGGUCUUCUCUCCUAGCUACCUCCUCUUGGGACGGGAGCAUUAGAAUAUGGGACAGCCAGACAAUGAAACUAGUGAAUACAUUGAAAGGACACGAAAAAGGUGUUUGGUGUGUUGAUUUCAAGCCAGUGAAAGAGUCACCCUUGCUUUGUUCAGGGAGUGAGGAUGGAACAGUGAGACUGUGGGACACUAGGAGCAAUGGAACCGUAAGAAUCUUUGAAGGAGGUCAUUCUGGACCUGUCUACUCAGUCUCAUGGUCAACUGACAGUGCUAUGGUUGCUACUGGAUCUGAAGAUACAAAAAUAUGCAUCUGGGAACCCGGCUCAGGCUCAGUCAUUAACACUAUCAACUCGCACACAAGCACUGUUAAAAGCUUAUGCUUCAACCCUCAAACAGUAAACAUGUCUCUCCCAGUCCUCUCCUCAGCUGGAGGCUACACGGUCAAUAUAUCAGACCCAAGGCCAGGCUACAAGUCAAGCAUACUGAGUCCAAUAUAUCCUCACGAGCCAGGAAAGGAGGUGGAGAGCGUAAGAAUAUCACCAGAUGGAUCCCUGCUAGCCUCAGGAGGGAGAGAUGGGAACAUUGUCCUAAUGACACUCAUGGUCCCUCGGCUGUUACCUUCUUUCAGAGGACGAGGAAGAAUAAUGGAUUAUAAGCAAAAGGCGAGGAAAUCUAGAGAUGGCUCCACUUUUAUCAAAGACAUAAGCCAUAGGGAGGACGAAGACGAGAUUGCUGUUGAGGAACUGGAUGAGUUAGAUGAUAUACUCAGCUCUCCUUUAAAAAAGGAGGUUGAGCAGAAUGUAGCCCGAUUGAAGAGACUGGGUCGAACGGCUGCAAAAGAAAUGGAACUAGUUGAACAUUCUACUGUUAAAAAGACUGCAACAGCCAAGUCAUCUCGCAAGAAGAGGGUCACUGGGAAGAACAUUGAUCUGCCAACCAUGAUAGCACACUUGGCAAGUGAUAAAACAGGAAUAACAGAAGCUGAGGAAGAGGAGGACCAAGUAAUAAAGAAAAGAGAAGAAGAGGAGACAAAGAAAGACAAAAACAAAACUAAAACUGAGACUGAGGAAAAGAUUGAAGAGCUAGAAGAACUAGAAGAAGAUGAAAUAGAAGAUGAAAUAGAAGAUGAAAAUGACUUGGAGGAGUCUUCUCCACUCCCUCGUCCACUUGUUACGGCUAAUAAAGCACUCUUCUAUGACUCAAGUGAAGAAACUGAUGAUCUAGAAUCGCAGUUUCUCGAUGGAAUGAGUGACACUCAAAGCUCUGUACACAGUACUAGUUUUCAAAAGUCUUUAUCAAUGGAUGGACACUAUUCAAUGCUGGAUCAUUUGGACAGUAGCAUACUCAUAACUGCUGGUGCAAAGAAAAGCAAGAAAAAGCAGAUAGCAGUAGAAAUGCAUCAAGAUAUACCAGAGGUAACAAGCAUGAGUAAUGUUAGCAUUGGGACUGGGUCUUACAUGAAUGGUGAUGCUGAAAGUGAAGCUCAUUUGAACGAAUCAGAGGAAAACGAAGAAGAAGAAUUACUGAGUGUCAUUUAACAUUUUACAAUAAUUUAUGUGAAAUAAUGAUAGUAACUGACAAUAUUAUGUACAUGUAUUAUAGGCAUUUAUAACAUUAUAAAAUAAUAUGUCAAAUACAUGUACAUGUACAUGUAUGUACAGUGCUGGAGUAAAAGGAAAAGGAAGGUUUCUAUUGUUAACACAAAAGUAUAAAUUGCUUAGGAAAUCUCUGUAAUCUGAAUUGCAUUGAAGUUAAUGUAAGAUUGGCUAAAUUUUAAUUCUGUGCAUUGAGUCUUGCAGUAACUGUAAACCAGGUUUAAAUGUUUUCCUGGUCCUUACAUACAAACACUGUAAUUAUAUAAUUACUAAUACAAAUCAGACAUAAUGAUCAUUAUUUUCGUGAGUAAAUUUUAAUUUUAAAAGUG